AUGGCGUCCUACCACCGCGUUCUCCAAGUCCACGGCCGGUCCGUCAUUGACAAGAGUGCCGAAUGCGACUACGGAAUUGACCCCUGGGAAAUCUUGAUCGACGGAGAGCGCUGGGACGGCAAGAUCCGCCUCGUCGGGUUUGUCGACGCCUUCUACCUGUUCUGCUACGCGGGAGAAUCGCGGUUCAAGCAUGGCAUCGUGGUGUACAAGGACGAUGAGGCAAUUCGUAACAUACUGCAGAGGGCCGAGGUGGAUGCCGCCGAUAUUGGGCUAGAGAUGGUGAAAAAGACGAAGAUGGACGCGAACGGGAAUGCCGUCCUGCCCAAGUACUUUCGCUUUGAAAAGGAAAGCGGAGGCCUGGACUACAAGAUCACCAGCCUCGGUCACAACUUCAGUCUCAAGACCGAGUACCCCAAUUCCGCGUUGCGCAAGAUCGAAAUAAAAAUACGCAAGCCGCAGGACCCAGCCAUCAAAAGUCGAUUGAAGCGCGGCCUCAAGCAGCACGACCUCUUCGACAUGAUGCACGAUGCCGUCCGCAUGGGCAUUCUCACACACGCCGAACUCGUUAACGUGAUCAUCGGCAAGACAUACGGGGGGUCAACCCUGAACGAUGUGACGGCCAAGUAUAUGGACAGUCUGAUGGGUACCAAGGGGUCCAAGAACGCGACCUUGUCUGGAUAUUAG